AGAUAAGCGAAGCGCGGCGCCGGGAAAGUUUGGCUGCUGCGCCGCCCCGUCCGUCGCCAGGGCAACCGGCGCGCCCGCCAUGGCGGCGCCCAGCGUGUUCCUGCUGGCCGUGAGCGGCGAGAUCGAGAGCGGAGAGUUCCCGGGAUUCGAUGACCUCUACUGCAAGUUCUCCUUUGUCUACGGCCAGGACUGGGUCCCCACGGCGGGCCUGGAGGAGGGAAUCUCGCAGAUCGCCUCCAAGAGCAGCGUCUCGCCCACCACGCUGGUCUGGAACUUCCCCAUCGACAUCACCUUCAAGAGCACCAACCCCUUUGGCUGGCCACAGAUUGUGCUCAGCGUCUACGGGCCUGACUUCUUUGGCCACGAUGUGGUCAGGGGUUAUGGAGCUGUGCACGUGCCCUUCGUGCCAGGCAGGCACAAAAGAACCAUUGCCAUGUUUGUCCCAGAGUCCACCUCGAGGCUGCAGCAGCUCACAAGCUGGUUCACAGGGAGGCCCCCGGAAUUCACCGACCCCAAAGUGGUGGCGCAGGGAGAGGGCCGGGAAGUGACCAGGGUGCGGUCCCAGGGCUUUGUCACCAUUUCCUUCAACGUGAUCACCAAAGACCUGCACAAGCUGGGCUACGACGUGGGCCAGGGCCAGGGCCAGACCACGGGGCCCCAGGGGCUGCAGGGCCUCUGAACCCCUCAGGGGCUGCACAGCUCCUGAGUCCCACAAAGCCCCCCAAACCCCAGGGG